GGUGGCCAUUUUGGCAACAUCAUACAGAGGAAGAAGAGGGGCGCGGAUUGUAUUAUGGGACUCCAUGUGCUAUCUCGCUGAUUUAUUUCCCACUCCCAAACAUUACAGAAUUACUUACAAUAUAUAAUUAAUCAUGGAAUGUGGACAUUUUCAGAUCCAUUUGUUCCUUUCUGCUUCUUUUGCAGCUACUUCCUAUGGGUUUUAUUCAAAUGAAAGGUUACAAGAGCUUGCAAAACCAAAGCCAACCAAAGAUGUAUGGAAUUUUCAUCGCAAGUUAAUCUGGGGAAAUCAAGAGCCAAUAUGGCCCCUCUCCUCAAGGACUUUGCUGAGACAGCCCAGCUCAAGAAUCCUGACUCUGGCAAGGCCAAGGGAAACAGCUGAUAAACAGAAGAGGUCCCUCUUCGUGUUCAGCUGUGGUCAAAUGUCAGAGAUUUGGAAACGUUCUUCAACAGUGUAUUCUGCAAUGCCGACAAAGCGAUUGCUGAAGCUAGCAGAACCUAGGCCAAUUUCUGCAACUUAUCUGAAACUAAGGCCACGAAGUUCCCCUGUGUGGCCUGUCUGCUCCUCAGCACUUUGUUCCAGAGCUUCUCAACGGAUUUUGACCCUUGCUCAACCGAGAACUAUCCAUCCAAACUUUAGUUUUCCAGAACAGCCUGAAAGAGAGAUUUCAAAGGCUGCAAGAAGAGCUGAGGCUAGCCCAAGAUUACAGCAACUUGCCCAGCCAGUAGUUAGGAAAAAAAUGCAGUUAUAUGAAAAGACAUGCAUGGAGGUCCCAAUCCGCCAAAUACCCCUGACUGCUCUACAAGCUGUCCCAAGUCCAAGGCUACUUGAACUAGCAAGACCAAAAACAAUCCCUUCUGACAGUGCCAUGGACCGUUCCCCUGAGUGGCCCGUGUCAGUGGCAGCCAUGCAGGCAGUGGCCUCUCCUCGACUCACGGAACUCGCUCAUCCUCCCAACAGGGCCCCAACCAAUCUCGUGCAGUUUAAUCCAGAUGCCUUUAUUGUAAAGGAGUCUGCUAAGAAAGCAUUUUGUACAGAAAGAGUCAAGCAUUUAGCGCAACCAAUUACUCGUUGAUCACACGGAUCACCCACAUCUAAAUCUCUGUGGCAUUUUCAAUAAAUUAAAGGAAC